AAGCAUACUACUCUGUUUAUACGGGUUAACGUACGAGAUACUACUACAUUUGGACUCUAUAUUUAAUAUUUUCGCAGCAAGCAAGGCUACACUAUAAAAUAACCUAGAAUUCGUGCAGGCCUACUCAUCUAAGCCGAAGCUCUUCUGUUAUAUUGCAGCCUCUCUGACAUAUUAGGCUACGAUAGUUGUUACAUUCACUUGAAUGUUUAGAAUCUUAUUCUUAGAAACUGAUAAAAAGCCUGUAGCAAGCUUUGUUUUUAAACGUUCAUCGAUUGAUUCAAGUUCUUUAUUCACCGAUCGUUUAUGCUUAUCAUGGAGGAAUAUACAGUAGAAGAAACACCGUUGACACCAGAAGAAGAAUUGGAUGAAGAAGAUAUAUUUAAUAAUUCAGCUGAUUCGAAUUUAUCAGAAGAAAAACAAAAAAAAGUUCUGCUAAAAUAUAUACAAGAAAAACGAGAUCUUCAAGAGCAGUUAGAUUCGAAGGAAAAAUCCAUUCAAGAAUAUAAAGCAAAAGUAUACGAUUUGUCAACCAAAAUUACACAAUUAGAAAAAGAAGUUUCUAGUUUGAAGAAAAAUGCUGCCAGAAUUCCACCCCUGGCAAACAGAAAUUCUAAUGUCGGUGGUCGCUCACCGGCGUUAAAUAGAACUGGUGUGGUAAGACCAUCAACGGCUAAGAAAGUAACAAGAACUAAACCUGGCAAAAAGAAAUCGAACAUUGCAAACGUAAAAAGAACAGACAGCCCAGCUUCUUCAAGUGCAACUCCGGAGCCACCAGCCGAUACCAAAGGAAAUGCAAUUCUUGCAUUAAAAACAUUGGAUAGAUACCAGGAAAUCGCGAAAAAAUUUCCCGAACUGAGUGUGGCAAUGAUGAUGAAGGCCGAAAGUGUUUUCAUGGAGGCUGAUAUAAAUCACGACGGGACUAUUGAUGAGGACGAAUUAGAAAAACUCAUAGAAAAGCAGGGCCACUAUAUGACAACAAAGAAAGAAGUUCGUGAAAUAAUGAAGGAAUUUGAUAAAGAUGUUUCGGGAGGAAUUGAUUUGAUGGAAUACAUGGCGGUGAUGGAACGAAUUCAACAAAGAAAACGAACAAACUUGCCUCCAGCUUUAACGAAGAGUUCAGUCUGUACGAUCCAAUGACAUGUUGGAGGAACUGCAGGCAGACUAUCUGAUAUAAAGAUAAUAUUACUUGCAGAACGACGUGUGGAAACUUAAUCAUAUAUUUUAUGUGUCCUGUAGAAAUCCCAUGCUAGUACAAAAUAGCCAGAAAAAAAGUUUUAAAAUGUUUGGUACUCUUUUGGUAAUAUAUAUAUAUAUAUAUAGAGCUCUUCGACGAUGCAGAAACCCUAAACUAGCCACCAAUGAUGCUGAAAAAUUUUAAGGAUAGUCCUAUAGGAGCAUAUGAAGAUCCUUCCCCCUCCGAGUAUUCAAAUGAAGACCCCCUCCAGACGCGCUCAUAUUGAGAUCCUAACCCAAGCGCACAAGCGAAGCUGUUCCGACCUAACCCACGCUCAUGCCAUAAGGGCACGAGGAAACUUCCCUUACGGCCUCAGCAUGGCCUAGGUAGGAACCGCUUCGCCUUUGCCAUUAGCUUAGGUUAGGAUCUUGAUUAACCGCUACUGGGGGUGGAUCUUCAUAUGCGGUAGGUUUGGGGGAAGGAAAUUCAUAGUUUUAUGUUUCCUCAAAUGGAUAUUAACAUUGUUUUCAAUUUCGUGGACUUUUUUUUUCAGUAAAAAUUCAUAUGAUGGUGUUGGAAAGUGGAUUUUAAAAAUAUCACAGCUUUCAAAAAAUUACUUAAAAUGUUGAUAUUUGUUUGAAAACUUCGCUUAGAUUGAAUUAUGAUUAGGCUAGUGGAACGUGAAGACAACAAAGUAUAACCCGAAAACGUUUGUUGACAACUAAUCUUCAAUAUAAAUAAUGCACAAAGGCAAAGCAUGACAAUAAUAUUCUCAUCUUUUUAUAAUGUUUCAUAUUUAUUGUUGGUAUUUUUUAUAUUGUGAAAAAUAUUUAUGUAUAAUUAAUGUGAUGAGUUGAUCUGUAACAUAAUAUUGCACUAAGGUGGAAAAUUUUCAAAUCAUAUAUAUGGCAUCGUAAUAAUAUCAACAAAAAUAAAA